CUGGGCAUUGAGAACCUUGGCCCGCCUCACAAUGGGCCGAGAUUCAGGGGACAAUCUGAGCUGCAGUUCUGCUGAGCAGACCCAGCACAGGGUGGGCGGCAGGUGCAGAGGGCCCCGGGAGGACCCUGCAGGCCGCCAUGAAGAUGCACAGUGAGGCAGAUAUGGACGAGCAGAUGCAGGAGAUGAAGACCAUCACUCGGCUCCAGGAGCAAUGUCGGGCACUGCAGAUCCAGGCGGUAAAGGAGAAGACAAUCAAGAACAAGGCGACGCUGGCCCUCCUGCGCGGUAACAUUCGGCGUGGGGCCCAGGACUGGGCUCUGGCCAAGAAGUACGACCAGUGGACCAUCUCCAAGGCCUGCGGGAAGGACGAGCCCAUGAGGCUGGCGCACUGCCGCAGCACCAUGGAGGUGGCCCGGGAGAAGCUGCGUAAGUACGUCUUCGACCGCGUGAACGUGCACAACGUGCUGAUCCACCUGGUGCGGCGGCGCGGGCAGAAGCUCGAGAGCAUGCAGCUGGAGUUGGCUGGCCUGCAGAACCAGCCCGACGCCACCAAGGAGGAGCUGCGCUUGCUGCAGGUCAUCCGCCAGCUGGAGAACAACAUCGAAAAGACGAUGAUCAAGAUCACCACAAGCCAGAACAUCCACCAGCUGUACGUGAACCUGCUGGAUUAUCUGAAGAAAGAGCUGGCAGGAUACCCCACAGAGCUGGACAAGCUGCAGAAUCUUGUGUGUGACUACUGCUCGGAACUGUCAGAUAUGACAGUCAUGUCCCAAGAUGCCAUGAUGAUUACAGAUGAGGUCAAGAUGAACAUGAGGCAAGGGGAGGCGACCUUCAUUGAGGAGCGGCGGGCACGGGAGAACCAUCUCAACCAGCAGAAGAAGCUGAUUGACAAGAUCCACACCAAGGAGACCAGUGAGAGGUACCGCCGGGGCCGGCGGGACCUGGACUUCCCAUCCAAUAUAAUGAGCACAGAAACCCUGAAAGUGAGAAGAAGAGACACCUCCAAGGGUGAUAUCGAAUACCAGACGGACGUGACUGCUUUGGUGGAGAAAGUCAAGACCGCUGUGCGGUGCUCCCACCUCUGGGACAUCGCUGGCAGGUUCCUGGCUCAGAAGAACACGGAGGAUAACCUGGAGCUGCAGAUGGAGGACUGUGAGGAGAGGCGGGCACAGUUGGAGGCCUUGAUGAAGAAGCUGGAACUAGAGGAGGCCAUACUCAAGUUCCACCAGACACCCAGCUCCAUCAGCUUUAAGUCCAUUGAGAAGAAAAUGAGGGACAUGCUGAAGGAGGAGGAAGACAGGCUGCAGCUGGCUCAUGCCAGCAUGACCAAGAGCCAGAGGUUACUGCUGACCAUCCAGAUGGGCAUCGACAACCUCUACAUCCGGCUGAUUGGCAUUACCCUGCCCAGGGCCCAGAAAGAAGUGGUGCCCUUCAGCACCCUCGAUGUGAACAGCAAGCUGGCGUACUGCGAGGGAAAGCUCCUGUACCUGGCGGACAGAGUGCAGCUGUUGUCUAGGACUGAGGAGAUCAACACAAAGGUGAGGGACGCCCUGGAGUCCUCGACUCUGAAGGAGAGGCAGAACACCAGGAUCACCUUCGAGGGCCUGGAGGAGGAUAUGAUAGAAACCUUCCAGUUCGCCGACGUGGACCACAGCUACGUCCCCUCGCGGGCCGAGAUCAAGAGGCAGGCCCAGGGGCUGAUCGAGGGGAAGCUCAAGGCGGCCAAGAAGAAGAAGAAGUGACCCGGAGGAGGAGGAGGAGCCCCUUCCCCGUCCCCCCGCCUGCGUCCGCUGUUUUACACAAUAAAGCAUUUUUCCAGGACUCCUGGGGGCCCCGGGGAGACAGGCGUCUCAGAGAAAAUGGGUCUGGGGGACGCAGACGUGGGAGGUCACGUCAGGAAGUCUGCGAGAAGGUGGGAUGUUGGCCGUGGAUGUGGGCCCCGGAGUUGAGGCGUGAGGGCGGGGAGGGGGGAAGCGGGCGGAGAGGCGGACAGGUCUGGGCUGAUCUGAAAGUCUGGGGGCGGCUCCGAAAGCAGGACGACCGAGCCCAUCGUCCUGCGCAUGCG